GCGCAUCCUCUCCAGCUGUGUUUUCUUUGGCUCGCAGCCCAGCUUGGGGAAGCUGAAUCAGCCAUCUCCCCUCUUGCCCCCCUCACCCCCACCCCGUGCCCACCCAAGUUGCUCCUCAGGAAAUAACACCAUCCCCAGUCCCCCAUCCGCAGAGCUGCAGCUCAUGUGCCUGUGUGAGUCACGAGAAGCCAGCCUGGGAGCACAGGACAGGAGACCCGGGGUGAUGAACGGGGAGAAGGGCAGCCUUCUGACCAGAAAGACCACGAUGGCAUCCGUUUCCAGAAUGCAGCCGGACAAAGCAGUCCCCGUGGAGCCUGGAUACCUACAGGUUCCUGGGGGAAGGUUCUGCUGCUAUAUCAAAAACCAGGUCUGGAGGCCGGGCGGAUGGUGGCGCACGCCUUUAAUCCCAGCACUCGGGAGGCAGAGGCAGGCGGAUCUUUGUCACUCCUGCUGUCUGGGCCAAGACCAGUUUACAAAGUGCUCUCCAGACAACGCCAACACCUGCACCAGCUCCUGGGCCCUUACUGUUGCCACCUGCCUUCUCAUCUCCCUCAGGAAACAGCUGCCUGAGGUCUCCAGGAUGGCAGUAAACCGGAUGCCGCUCCAGUCACACCUCUCGCUGAGUGUGAGCCCACCAACUUUCAGCUCUCCCCUCUCCCACAUCACCCCAUGCCUGCAGGAAGCGACCAGACUUGAGCUGGCGCCCCUUUAUCCAAGAAGUCUAAAAUGUUUGGUUGAGGGGCUUCACCUCAGCUCGCUGGCACCUCUUCAUCCAAAAAGUCUGUAAUGUUUGGUCAAAAGUGUCACCUCAGCUCCCUAAAUCCCCUUUUAUACAAAGAGUGUGGAUUGUUUGCCUGGGGGCUUCACCCCAGCUUCUGGAAUAAGCUCCCUCCCCUAGUCCAAACUCCACCUCCAAGAAAGCCUACCAAAUGGUGACCCCUUCCCAGGGAGGGUCAAGAAAGCUCACCAAUGGUGACCCCGCCCCAGGGAAGGUUGGGACCACUCCCACAUGCUAUUUAAACUGCCUCCCAGAGAAUGAACACAUGGUCUCCCCUUAUCUCUGUU